AUGACGGAGGAACGUUCUUUACAGGUCAAAAGUGGAAACACCACCAUCAAUCUGACUUUUAGCAAUGAAAUUCUUUCAAUUGCUGGGGCCAGGCGCACCGACAUACCGUCUAGAAACAUUCUCGAUGUUGCUCUAAAACCUUCACCCGCCGGUACUACACAUGUCGAUAUCCAGGCUCUCGUUCCUUUCAAGGUUAACAAGUUGAAGUUGAAUAAUUUUAAUUAUGAGGUUGUUCAAUCGCAAUCGGCUGAUUCGUGGGUCGAGUUUGUUAAGAACGUCGCGUAUCAAAAAGUGAAACCGAACAAGCAUUUAAAAAUAUUUAUCAACCCUAAUAGUGGUACUGGCAAGGCUGUUAAGAUUUUUGAAAAGGAGGUCAAGCCAAUUUUCGACGCCGCCGGCUGUAAAUGCGAUAUAGUUGUGACCAAUGGUAGGGAUGACGCGAAGCGAAAGAUCAUCGAAGCCUCCGACUUGCAAAAUUAUGAUGCAAUUGUUGUAGUAAGUGGUGACGGAAUCGUCCAUGAGGUUGUCAAUGGACUUUUAUCACGCAAAGAUGAGUCGUUCAUCAAAAUUCCCAUUGGGGUGAUUCCAGCAGGAAGCGGGAAUGCCUUGAAUGUCUGUCUGCAUGGCGAAACCAUAAACUCUUCUAUGCAACACUCGGCACUUACUAUAAUCAAGGGUGUACCCAUGGACGUUGAUAUUUGUUCUAUAACUCAAGAGGAUGGUGAAUAUUUCUCUUUUCUGUCACAAACUUACGGUGCCACUGCAGAUUGUGACUUAAGAACAGAAAACCUGAGAUGGAUAGGUGACUCUCGUUUCACGUUGGGCGUGCUAAUGGCUAUCUUAGAAGGCCGUCGGUAUGAAUGGGAGAUGGCGAUAAAGUAUUCCGAAAAAAACAAAGAUAUAAUCAAGCAGAAUUAUAAGAAAGCAUAUGCGGAACAAAAACCAAAAGAUGUAUCCGAUAGUGAAGGGAUUGUUAAAAUUGAAAGAAAGUAUGGAUCGGUGAAUGACCCAAUUCCAAAGGACUGGGAAAUUUUAUCCGAUGAUAUAUUCGCCUUCUAUAGUGGCAAGCUCCCGUGGGUUGGUAAGGGGGCCAUACCUUUCCCUUGUGCGUUACCUAAUGAUGGAUUAAUGGAUGUAAUUAUCGUAAAUCGAGAUAAGAUAUCAAGAUUAAGAGCUAUAUCUAUGAUGCAGAAGAUAGCAAAGGGCACUCAUAUCGAUCUUGAAGAAGUCGAUUAUUACAAAGUUGAGGCUUUCCGUUUAACACCGAAAAGUCGCGAUGUGGGAUAUAUCAGCAUCGAUGGUGAAAAAUAG